AUGAAAUUUUCCUCUGCCGUCUCUGUCGCUGCCGCCGCUUCCAUCGCUUCUGCUUCUGUCAACACAACCGUCGUUAACAGCACCAGCACUCUGGACCGUCAACGCACCACUUUGGUGACCAUCACUUCGUGCCUCGACAAUGCUUGUUCGUCUAAGACCACCAUCACUACUGCUCCAUCCAACUCUUUUACCGGUGCUGCUGACGAUAUCACCUACGUCGACGUCACAACUACCCCACAAUCCACCACCUCUCAGGUUAAGACAGUCAGUUCCACCUCUACUCCAUACAUCUGGAGCACUGUUUCUACCGGCAACUCCACUGGCUCUUCCACUGCGAGUUUGAGCAUUUUCACCGCUGGUGCCCCACAGGCCCUUGCUGGCGCUGGGUUCGGUGCCUUGGCAGCUGGUGUUGCCUUUGCUCUAUUGUGA